AUGGUCCCCGCCAUCUUUACGCGCAGACGGCGCCCCUCGUCGACCCCGAGCACCGCGCCACCUCCCGCCGCCGUCGCGCUCCCGCCGCUCUCCGGGACGGGCUCGUCUUCGUCGUCGCCUCGCCUCCCUCCCCUCCAGUCCCUCCCUCCGCUCGUCACGCCCGGCUACCCGCCCGUCGGCCCCGUCACCGCCCACACCAGCAUCGACGACGCCGGCGCCGAGUCGCCCUCGUCCUUGUCGCACGACGAGAGCUCGGGCUCGUUCUCGCACGCCUCGGUCGCGACGACGACUGGGCGUCGCACGACGUCGACCCGCCCCUCGAGCGUCGACGACGACGGCGACGACCUCGACGGCGGCGGCGGUGACCCGCUGCCCCGGUUCAAGGCGGCGACCGUGUUCCCGACGGUGCAGCGCCGGCGCCCGAGCCGCGUCCCCGUCCCCGCCGUCGACACGCCCGCCGCGCUCCUCGCAGCGCUCGACCUCGGCGAGUUCCCGUCGCUCGUCGCGCCGCCGUCGCCGCCGCAGCCGCAGCCCGAGGUCCGCGCCCUGCCGCCCUCGGCCCAGGAGCUCGUCGUGCAGGCGCAGGCCAAGGCGGCUCUCGAGCCGACAGCACCGUCGUGUCAGCUCGGCGCCGAGGGCGACGACGUCGCCGGCGAGGGCUGCGGUUGCGACAUGCCCGAUCCCGACGAGCUCGACGAGGAGGACGACGACGAGGACGAGGGCGAGCUCGAGGGAGAUGAAGAAGCGUCGGCGGACGACGACGACGACGACGACGCCGAGCGCGACGACGACGAGUUCGACUCGGACGACGAGCUCGCCGCCGAAGCCGAGGACCUCAUCCUCCAGGCGCAGGCCCACUUCAACUCGCCGUUCCCGACCGCCCACUUCCUCGCCGAGCAGAGCCGGCGCCCGAGCCUCCCUCUGCCGGCCAUCCCGCUCGCUCGGCGCCCGAGCGCGUUCGCCGAGCAAGGGCUCGCGCCGCUCCCCGAGGACCGCGUCCUCGAGGCGCGCGACGGCGGCCUCGUCGGCGCCUCGUCGUCGUCGGUCGACGAGGGCCUCACGACCGCGACCGACGGCGAGAAGCGGCGCCCUCGGCGCCGCCCCAACAAGCUCGUCAAGAAGCGGCGCCCGGGCGUGACGACGCUCGACGGCACGACCAAGAAGAAGCGCAAGGAGCGUCGGCCCCGCCCCCAGUUCGAGCGGUUCAAGGUGCCGACCAUCGAGGAUAUGGCGACGGCGGCGGCUUGCGACGUCGUCGGCGAGGACGGCGAGACGCACAAGUUUGGCGACCUGAUCAAGGCCAACGGCCCUCGGCGGACCGUCGUCGUCUUCUUGCGGCACGCGUGGUGCGGCCUGUGCGCCCAGUACGUCGACGCGCUCAACAAGGUGACGGUCAACCUCGUGUCGCUCGAGACGAGCGCUUUUUGCCAGCCGGGCGACCGCACUCAGCCCAUGUCGCACGUUCCCGAGCUCAACAUCGUCUUUGUCAACUCGGGCUCGCCAAAGCUCAUCGCGACGUACCGCCAACGCAUGAAGACACCGUUCCCGCUGUACACGAACCGCGCGAGGGACCUCUACAAGGCGCUCGGCAUGAACAAGAAGACGUGGGACAUGGGCAAAGACUCGGACAAGGGCAGCUACAUCGUCAAGAGCCAGCUCGGCAACGUGACGUCGUCCAUCUCGGCCGGCAUCGCCAUGCCCAGCUACCCGGGCAGCCAGACCCAGCUCGGCGGCGAGUUCGUCUUUGAGUACUCGCCCGAGGACGACUACAUCGAGUGCCUGUACGCCUCGCGCAUGCACACGACGCGAGGCCACGCCGAGAUCUCGGACGUCUUUUCGGCUGCCGGCGUCGAGCUCAACGCCGAGGACGCCGCGUCCGUGUACGGCUUCUAG